GUAGAUUUAUAUUUUAUUCGUUGAAUCUUAAAAAAGAAUUAAAAAAAAAAAUCAAAGAAAAACAGUGCUGACGAAUACUGUUUCUAUGUUAGUAAGAGAUUAGGAGACACGAGAUAUACUGAAUUUAGAUGAAGUGUUUGAGGUGCGCCUGUUAAGAUACUCAUGUUUUUAAAUAGCCAAAGUGAAAGAACAAAAAAGUUAAGGUACAGGACACUGAUGGACGAGCGGACAAUGUAGAAAGUGGUACUGCUAUCACAGCUGUAAUACGUGUACUCCCUUACUCGCGAUGUUGACGAGGACGAACAUAACGAAGACGGUGACGAAGGAUAGGAGGAGGAAUCAUCGCCUUUUAUAAGAACUCAUAAAAAUGACAGACAUCAAAAUGGAUCAGGAAACUGUGUAUGGGACUCAUGAGGAUAGUCAUGUCGUCAUGUCAGAGAAAGUGCAAUCACUUGCUGGAAGUAUUUAUCAAGAAUUUGAACGAAUGAUUGCAAGAUAUGAUGAAGAUGUGGUUAAAGAACUAAUGCCCUUACUAGUCAAUGUUUUGGAGUGCUUAGAUAUUGCAUAUACACAGAAUCAAGAACAUGAAGUAGAAUUAGAGCUACUUAGAGAAGACAAUGAACAACUUGUAACGCAAUACGAAAGAGAAAAGCAGCUUCGAAAAACAUCUGAUCAAAAAUUAUUAGAGUUAGAAGAUACAGCAGAAGAUGAACGGAAAGAUUUAGUUUCAAAGAUUGAUAGUCUUGAAUCUAUUGUUAGAAUGUUGGAACUCAAAACCAAGAAUUCACACGACCACGGUACAAAUACCACUGACAUCUCCAGUCAAAGAAAAAUCCCUCACAUUAUUCGUCUUGAGGAGAAAGAAUCUGAAUUAAAACGUGAAUAUUCUCGGUUACACGAUCGUUAUACCGAAUUAUUUAAAACUCAUGUUGAUUAUAUGGAAAGAACAAAAAUGCUUGUUGGUAGUACAGAAAGAUUAGAGAAUUCCACUGUUAAUAGUCGAGGUCCAAGUCGUUUACCUGCACUUGGAAUGACACAUAUGUCACGUAGUUCUGGUCCUCUUAGUUACGGAUUCCAAAGUUUAGAAGCUAGUACAAAUGCGUUAGAUAUUCAAGAAGAAUGUCCAUCUAGUGGAGAAAGUUUGAGGACAGAGAUGCUAGAUAAUAGCAGCAAUGCAAAUGUGGAAAUGUUUGAUAAGAGUCAGUUAACAGAUCAACCAGUACAAGAAAGCAAGACAACAGCAAUUUCUAGACGUGUAAGUCCAGAAACAGAAAUAGCACCUACCAUAACAACACCGACAACUCCAAGAAUAGAAAAACUAGCUACAACCCCUGGAGGAAGGAGUCGAACAGAUAGAGAAGAACGUCGAAGUGCAAAUACAUUAUAUCAAGAAAUCAGUUUCCAGGAUGCAGAUGCCUUAGGGGAAAUGGAUGAAGGAGCUGAUAUUACAGGAAGUUAUGUUCAUCCAGGAGAAUAUGCAUCAUCCGUUAAUGACAACUUCUUUGGUAUGGGUAAAGAGGUUGAAAACUUAAUAAUGGAAAAUAAUGAGCUUUUGGCUACAAAGAAUGCUUUGAACAUCGUGAAAGAUGAUUUGAUUAUAAAAGUAGAUGAAUUAAGUGGAGAACUAGAUUUACUCAACGAGCAAAUUCGUGGAUUACAACAAGCGAGAGAUCGACUUCGACAUCGGGUUUUAGCGUUAGAAGAAGAACUAAAAAAGGUGAAAGAAGAAGCUGAUGCUGCAGCAAAGGCAACAAAAAGCGAUGAUGAAGAAGAAGUUCCAUUGGCGCAAAGAAAACGUUUUACACGAGCUGAGAUGGCAAGGGUACUAAUGGAAAGAAAUCAAUAUAAAGAAAGAUUUAUGGAAUUACAAGAGGCAGUACGAUGGACAGAAAUGAUACGUGCUAGUAAAACUGAUCCAUCUAGUAUAUCGGGUGGAAAACAAACAUUUUGGAAAUUUUUUAGUAGUCUCUUUACGGGACCAGCAGAUCGAGGGCCUCUAAUUCGUGGUCCACAUAUUCGAUAUAGUGCACCAGCUAAUCAGAUUGUUCCAGCUGCUCCUUUGGAUAUGAUGCGUAGACGAGCGCUUAAAAAUCGACAUGAUUUCCUUGACCAAGGAGAUACAAUAUCAUCUGAAAAAUUAGUAGCGAGACGUGCAAAUGAAAGAAGAGAACAAUAUCGUCAAGUUAGAGCUCAUGUUCGAAAAGAAGAUGGUCGACUGCAAGCCUAUGGUUGGAGUUUACCAGGUAAACCAAUUGCUCCAACUCGCCAACCUGUUCCAGUGCCUGUUUAUUGUAGACCGAUCCAAGAAACUGAAUCUGGAAUGAGAAUUUGGUGCGGAGCUGGUGUUAACUUAAGUGGAGGUAAAACUCGCGAUGGAGGAUCUAUGGUUGGAGGAAGUGUUUUCUAUGCAGCUGAGGCACGAGAAACAAGUAGUGACAGUAAAAUCGAUCCAGAAGAUGCCGUUGAGCACUUAGACAAAGAAUUACAAGAAAGUGAGAAGAGAAGAUUGGAUGCUGAGAGAUUAGAGCAACAGUUAAGCUCGCUUGUUUGGAUAUGCACGUCCACGCAAAAAAUGUCUAAAGUGACUGUGAUAGAUGCCAAUAAUCCAGCUGAUAUACUUCAAGUUUUUAAUGUUUGUCAGAGUCACUUGCUGUGUAUUGCUAGUGUACCUGGUGCUAAAGAAAAUGAUUAUGUUCAAAUUUUGAAAGACAACGAUGAUAAAGAACAAACUAAUAAAGAUGUUGAUAAUCAAGCUGAGAUUGCUCUAUCAGAUGAAGGUCAAGAAGACUCGAAAAUUGUUGAAAUAACUAAAUUAACUAUUUCCCUAGAAGAGCAAUUGGAUAAAUUGCGUAAAAUUAGUGUAGAUUCAAAUUCUGCUACAGAACUAGCAAGCAUAGAGGUUGAUGCAGAAACAGCGAAUUUAGGAAAAGUUCGUUUUGUAAAAAAUGUUUUUGAAUUCGAUUCUUUGCAUAUAAAUACAAAAGAUAAUGAAGAAAAAUUAGAUAAGGUAAGUGAUACCUUGAUAGAAAAAAUGUCUUCUAUUCAACCAACCAUGUGGCUUGGAGCUCAAGACGGAGCUGUUUUUGUUCAUUCUGCAGUGGCUAACUGGUCGGUCUGUUUGCAUACAGUUAAAUUACAGGAUGCUGCUCUUGCCAUUGUACAUAUACAAGGCCGCGUAUUAGUUGCUUUAGCAGAUGGUACAGUAGCGGUAUUCAGACGAGGAGUCGAUGGACAGUGGGAUCUUUCUCAAUACCAUGUUAUAACAUUGGGGAGUCCGCAACAUUCUAUAAGAUGUAUGGCUGUAGUUUUAGGUAAAACAGUUUGGUGUGGCUAUCGUAAUAAAAUCCACGUUAUUGAUCCCAUUUCAUUGUCGCUUGAGUGUACUGUUGAUGCACAUCCACGCCGUGAAUCCCAGGCCAGACAAUUAGCCUGGCUUGGUGAAGGAGUUUGGGUUAGCAUUCGAUUAGAUUCAACAUUAAGACUGUAUCAUGCUCAUACAUAUCAGCAUUUACAAGAUGUUGAUAUAGAGCCUUAUGUUAGUAAAAUGCUAGGCAUUGGAAAACUUGGUUUUUCAUUUGUACGAAUUACAGCAUUGCUGAUUUCUUCUAAUAGACUUUGGAUCGGUACAGGGAAUGGCGUAAUUAUUUCCGUCCCUUUAUCUGAAAGUGCAGGUAGUUCAAUGGCUGUGUCACGUAUUCAGACGGGCAGUGGAAAAGGCGAUACUCCUGGAAUUGGUGUUAGAGUUUUUGCUUCUGAUCAUGGCGUAACAGCUGGAAGUUUUAUUCCAUAUUGUAGUAUGGCUCAUGCACAACUUAGUUUUCAUGGUCAUCGUGAAGCAGUGAAAAUGUUUGUUGCCGUGCCAGGUCACGGUGGUCAAAGUGCAGUUUCAGAUAAUACUCAACCAGCUAUGCUUGUUUUAUCUGGAGGCGAAGGUUAUAUUGAUUUUAGAGUUGGUGACGGUGAAGAAACAGAGGAAGGAAUCGAACGAACGUCUGUACCAAUAACUUCAAACUCUGAGGAACAAGGUGAACAGAGUCAUUUAAUUGUAUGGCAAGUACAAUGUCCAAUGACAGUGACAAAUGCCUAGUCUUGUUAAUGGAACAAGGACUUCUUUCCUAGGAUAUCUGGCCUAGCUUCCGUUUUAAACAAUGAUCUAUAUUCGUUAAAGUGAUUGAAUGAAAAAUGUAAAGCCACUAUCAGUGACUAAUCAAAUUGCCAAAUUUGAAAAGGGUUGUGUUUCAGGAGAAAUUUUAAUACUAUUAGUACAUUUUCAACAGCUAUUACGUUGUUAUCAAUUUGAUAAUUUUUUAAAAAAUUAAUCUGAAGUCCAUAAAUAAUUGCAAACGUUAAUAUUGUCAUUUAUAUCGAUUUCAUCUAUGGUUUGUCAAUGCGUGUUAAUUAACUAUAUUUUAAAAAGUUUAUACAUUAAAGCGAUAGACUUAUAGAGGGUACAAACGUUAGAAAUCAUUUUUAUGUAAUGUUAUAUUUCAUAUUGACAUAUUAUAUUUCACAAGUUUACGAAUCGCUAUUAAUAGCAACAUUAAUUGUGUAAACAAAUUUUUGGCAGUAAUUUAUUUACAUUUCAUUAAUACAAUGUAUACAUAUA